UUUGUUUCUGUCCGUCUGAAGACAAGAGACGAUAACUUGUCCUCCUUGGCAACAUGAAAAGUUUCUUCGCAGCCUCACAACUUUUUGCGGUUCUUCUGGUGCAGCUGGUACCUGCGCAGAUUUCAGACAAGCCAGAAGAAGCUCACUCAAGAGUGAUGACAUUCGAGGAGGUGUGGGUGAGGAGUACGUGUCGACCCAUGGAGCAGUUGGUGGACGUGGAGCAGGAGUACCCCGCAGAAGUGGAGCACAUCUUCAUACCUGCUUGCGUCCCACUUUGGAGAUGCUCCGGUUGCUGUCACGAUGAAACAAUGGAGUGUUACCCUACCCUUGAACACAAUAUCACUCUGCAGGUAAUGAGGAUUUAUCCCAUGAAAUCUAUGCAAACUGUGGAACUCACUUUUGUGGAGCAUCAGAGAUGUGAAUGCAGACUCAGAAAGGAUCUUCUACAUAAUAAAAGCAACAGUGAGUCGAUCAAGAACAGACCUCGGAGGAGGAAGCACAAAAAGACAGCAAACGGAUGUGGCAAGUGCCCGUUCCCUGAAAACAAGAUAGGUCUUCACUGAUUCAAACAUCUGUCCAAAGUUUAAUUUGGACGAAUGACUUUGUAGAGGUGAACAACAACACAUCU